UGUGUUACACUGCUACCCUUAGGGCAGAAAUGAGGCUGGGAACUCUGAGAGCGGCUGCUUGUGUCCAGGGGUGCGCUGACUUGUUUCUUAGCUCAGCCCCCUGGGUCUCCCCCCAACCCCCAGUUCUUUCCCGAUCUACCUCUUGCCCUCCAGGGGGCCUGGAGCCCCAGCCAGCUGUUGAAAACCUCUGUCCAGGCAUGCCAUGAAUUGGAGGACAGCUGGAUUCUAGAGCAAAAAGCAAGUCACGCUGGUGUCUGUGUUUAGGUACCUGCCAUGUUACCCCAAACCAGACAGCUCAUCCCCAGAUUUCUUUCUUAAUUUGGAACCCUCCUCUACCCUUUCACUUUUAUCUCCUUGAGCAGAAGAAAGUAUGGUCCAAGAGGGGGAACCUUUAUAGUGAUAGGGGUCUUUCUCCCACCCUUUUAAAUACCAACAAAUUUCCCUCCUUUCUGAAGGAGUGGGGCUGUAUUUUUAAAAACCAACACAAAUUGCCCGGCAGGAAGACUCUUCAAUCCCCCAAAGAAGCUCAUGUAUUAGCUAACAUGUUGUCUCCACCAGCUCCUACACACUGUCUGCUUUUGGGUUCGAAACUUUAUUUUUCCCCCCUAGCGACACUCCAGGGAAACCUUAACGUUACAGAAGAUGAAUAAACGAGUUUUUUCCCAGCGUAGUCCCGUUUAUGGCUUUAUUGCUACCCAUUGAUUACUCCGCUUUGUUACACAGAAGGAAAAGAUCAUAAAAUCCGGCGACAUCCGGGUUCUUGUUAUAGCUAGCCCCCCCCAAAAUUGGUGAAGAAAAAAUAUGAGCUUCCACUGCUCCCUUCGCUAGCCCCACUGCCCCCUCUUUGUCAGCUCAAAGCAUUUUCAGCCUAUAUCACGAUAUCAAAUUAAGUUUGGAUUAAUCAGGAGAAAAACCCCAUCUGCACACCUUCCGCUGUUUCACUUCACCCACUGCAGCUCCCUCAGAAGCCUGGAACUCAGCUGCCUUUUCCUAAUCUUCUCUUCCUUUUUCUCAGCCUCAAGGUGGAGAGAAAAUAGGGGUAGGGGUUGCUGGGAGGCCCCGCUCAGCCAGGUGUGGCUUGUCCUUGAGUGAGAGCUCCCCAGAAGACCUUUGCUGGAAUAUCCCAAGCCUCAGAGCUCAGGUCCAGGGAUGCCUCCUUUGGCAGGGCAGGGCUUCUGACUUGUGCAGGGGCUUGAGCCUGCUAGACGCUAACUGUCCUUCAGAGCUCCACCAGCCUUCUCUUUUUGCCUGGAACCUAUGUGAAUUACCCCACUGGCCCUCGCUGGCUCCAAAUCAUAAAUUCUCACCAACAUAAACAGGAGUUGAUGUGUCUAGAAAGACUCUCAGAGUUCUUUCUUCUUCCUUUCUUUCUUCUUUUUUCUCUCUCUCUCCCACCUUUUACUUCCUUCUUUCUUUUUUCUGUUGUAUUUUUAUAUUUUCCCUUUUAGGGAAAAAUGCUGCAGGAUUUCCCCCCCAAAAGGGUGUUCUGAGAGGCAGAAGGGGGCUGAGAGGAAGAGGAAGCCCAUGCAUGGCCCCGUUCACUUCAGCUCUGCCACCGUGUCCUGAAGUCUCAUACUUACCCCUUUAGACCUCCUUGCUCCCUAUAUCCCCCUUCCACCUAAGACUCUCAGCCACACUUUCCUUCCUCUGAGCACUAUGUUUUAUGCAGUUUCUUCCUACUUUUGAUUUUUUUUAAUUAUCAGGGAAAAAAAUAUUGGUUUAGUGAUGAGGACUCAGUCCAUGGAGGGUCAAACUAGGAUUUCCUGUAGGCUUUCUGGGGAUUCCCCCCUGAGCUGGGCAGUGGGGGUGGGGAAGCUCAUCCCAUAAAGAAAUCAGGAAGUAAUUUUAGAAGGGGGGAGAUAUAAAAGAUGAAAUCAGAUUGAAAAUAGAGGGAUUUCUCCAGACCUGUCUCUGCACAGCACAACAAAGUUAGCUGGGGCUGAGAGAUUUCCUAGCAGGGCAGCUCUUCUUCCCUGGGCCUCAAGGCCCUGCUAAUGCCAAUUCACCCUUCUUCACCUCCAAAUCAGUUCCCUAACAUAUAUAUUUUUAAAAGAAAUCCAAGUCUUACUUUCAAAGCACACACUUAGUCUCAACUAGGGAAUCAACAGAAGCAGAAGCGAUUUUUUUCCCCCUUCUUGACAUCUGGCUUGCGAUUGGCUGGAAGAGGGUCAGCUGACUUUGUCAUUUUGUCUGUCCUGGAUUGGAGCCGUCCCUAUAACCAUCUAGUUCCGAGUACAAACUGGAGACAGAAAUAAAUAUUAAAGAAAUCAUAGCCCGACCAGGUAAAGGCAAAGGGAUGAAUUCCUACUUCACUAACCCUUCCUUAUCCUGCCACCUCGCCGGGGGCCAGGACGUCCUCCCCAACGUCGCCCUCAAUUCCACCGCCUAUGAUCCAGUGAGGCAUUUCUCGACCUAUGGAGCAGCCGUUGCCCAGAACCGGAUCUACUCGACUCCCUUUUAUUCGCCACAGGAGAAUGUCGUGUUCAGUUCCAGCCGGGGGCCGUAUGACUAUGGAUCUAAUUCCUUUUACCAGGAGAAAGACAUGCUCUCAAACUGCAGACAAAACACCUUAGGACAUAACACACAGACCUCAAUCGCUCAGGAUUUUAGUUCUGAGCAGGGCAGGACUGCGCCCCAGGACCAGAAAGCCAGUAUCCAGAUUUACCCCUGGAUGCAGCGAAUGAAUUCGCACAGUGGGGUCGGCUAUGGAGCGGACCGGAGGCGCGGUCGCCAGAUCUACUCGCGGUACCAGACCCUGGAACUGGAGAAGGAAUUCCACUUCAACCGCUACCUAACGCGGCGCCGGCGCAUCGAGAUCGCCAACGCGCUCUGCCUGACCGAGCGACAGAUCAAAAUCUGGUUCCAGAACCGCCGGAUGAAGUGGAAAAAAGAAUCUAAUCUCACGUCCACGCUCUCAGGGGGCGGCGGAGGGGCCGCGGCCGACAGCCUGGCCGGAAAAGAGGAAAAGCGGGAAGAGACAGAAGAGGAGAAGCAGAAAGAGUGACCAGGACUGUCCCUGCCACCCCUCUCUCUCUUUCUCCCUUGCUACUCCCCCAAUUCCCUCCUAAUCACACACUCUAUAUUUAUCACUGGCACAAUUGAUAUGUUUUGACUCCCUAAAACUAAAUUAGGGAGUCAAAUAUGGACCUGAAAGUCAACUCUGGACCCCCUCCCUCACCGCACAAACUCUCUUUCACCACGCGCCUCCUCCUCCUUGCUCCCUCGCUAGUUCGUUCUCGGCUCGUCUGCAGGCCCUUUCCCUUGCCCAGGCCUUGGGGGCUCCGUCCCUGAACCUCGCUUCAGACUCCACAGAUUUCCCUCCAAAUGAGGACUUGGCCUCCCACCCCCUCGGCGCCUCCACCCCCCGCCCCUGCGCAGAGAGCCGGCUCCCGGGCCGGGGCCUCCGCUCCGGGGCCUCAGGGCCCGGCCUGGCAGCCGCGGAGGGCGGGAGGCCCAAGGAGGGCGCGUUGUGGCCCCACAGCAACCCCCAGGGCCUCCCCGCAGCCCCACACCCGGCCCCUCUGCCCCAGCAAAUGCCCAGCCCAGGCAAAUUGUAUUUAAAAAAUCCUGGGGGUCAUUAUGGCAUAUUACAAACUGUGACCGUUUCUGUGUGAAUAUUUUUAGCUGUAUUUGUGGUCUCUGUAUUUAUAUUUAUGUUUAGCACCGUCCGUGUUCCACUCCCAUCUUAAAAGGGGAAAAAAAAAAGAGGGAAAAUUACAAAAAGAGAGAAAAAAAAGUGAAUGACGUUUGUUUAGCCAGUAGGAGAAAAAAAUAUAAAUUUAAAAAUCCCCCCCUUGUGUUACCCUCCUGUAUAAAUCCGACCUCUGGAUCCGUUCUCGAAUAUUUAAUAAAACUGAUAUUAUUUUUAAAAGUU